AUGUCAACAGCUGUCAAUGGUUUUAAGAAAUGUGAGAUUUGGCCAUAUGAUCCAACAGUAUUCUCUGAGACCGACUUUGCUCCAUCUUUGAUGACAGAUAUUCAGCUUAAUGUAUCCGACGCACCUGCAAGCGAUAAUAGUUCGUUGAUAAUGGAAUCGUCAUCCACAGAACCAACAACAAAUAAUCAGAAUGCGCCAAUUAUAUCCGAAGCCAUUUCUGUUGCGGCAACUUUGACGGAUGCAGCAGUGACGCCAGUAAUAGUGGAAACAGAAACAUUGUCGAGACUUGAUACUGCCGCUAGUAUUUCUGCGAGUACGUCACUAUCAACUAAUCUGGUUACUGCACUUACUGUGCUACCUAAUACAAUGUCAACCCCUGAACCAGGAUGUUCUUACUGGCUCGAUAACUCCGAUCUACACGAAAGACCACGAACUCCGCAGCAAUCAAUAUUUGGUGUUAAUGAGUUUGAAGAAACGAUUAAGAAAAAGGAACAAGCGAAAGAGGAUAAACAGAGAAAAAAAGAGUUGAGGGAACUUAAAAAAUCUGAAAAAGUCCCGGCAACUAAGAAGAAAAGAGUAACAAAGAAGAAACAAGGGGCUAAGAAUAGAUCAUUAAACGAGAAUAGUGACAGCGAUAUUGAAAAUACACCUUGUUUGUAUUGUAAAGGCCUAUAUUUGGACUCAAAUGAAGGCUGGGCUGCUUGUUCAGCAUGCGGCAAAUGGGCUCACUGCAGCUGUGCAGGUGUGGACGACGAAGAUGCAGAUACCGUGUUCACUUGUGAACAUUGUGAACAGUCCUAA